CCUCCGGUUUCUCUCUCCCACGCUUCUUGGUCUGCAAAGCUGCCCCACAUUCUCUCUCUUUCCUCCAAGAAGUAAUCCAUUAUCUCGGGCGGAGGAGCCGAGCGUGGAUGAAGAGGCUCCUUCUCCGCCCUCGAAUCCAUGCCUAAGAGCCUAAGAAAGAUCUUCGCCUCCGUCGCGUCCAAGGUCUCCAAGAACUCCAGCUCCGGAGCUCCGCUCCCGGAGCUCGCCACUCUUAAGAAGCUCGCGGUCCCUCCCCGCUGCGUCCCCUCGCGUUCUCCUACCACCACCGGAGCUGCGGCAAAGCCCGCGAAGGCUUCUCCUACGGUCUCGUCGCAGGUGCUGGCCCGGCUCAAGGAAGCUGCUUCGAAGAACUCCAAAGCAUCCCUUCCAUCUGCAGAAGACUCUGCGGUAGAGAUUUCGAGGGCGAUAUCAUCCAUAUUACAUGGUAACAAUGAUGCAGCAGGCCAAUCUUCAGCAGAGCCCAUGCUAAAGAAAAUUUUAGAUUUACCAUGGUUCUCAAACAUGUCUCAUGCUGGCACAGCACAGUGGAGGAAGGAUGUAUCAAGAGGAAGGAAGCAGAAAUAUAAAUUCAAGAAUACAGAGUCUUAUCAUUUUACCAAACUGAUGAGAAUGUGUGCAAGCAAACUGGGUACUGAGUCCACUCUUGAAUUCUUUGGUAAAUUGGGGAGAGAAACAGGUAUCAAGGAAUACAAUGCCUUGAUAAAACUUUGCAUAGGCAGGGCAAGAUAUAGUGCUGAAGAAGAUUCAUUGGUCCAAAUUCAUAGGGCCUAUCAACUCUUUUUGUCCAUGAGAGAAAGGGGUUUUCAAAUUGAUGAAGAAAGUUAUGCUCCAUUUCUUAUGUAUUUGAUUGAUAUGAAAAUGACACAAGAAUUCGAACAUUUCAGUAAAUUCUUUAAAGAUGAGAAUCCAGGAUCCUGCUUUAGAAUAGGAUACUUUGAGAUGUUGCUUUGGAUUAGAGUUGGUGAUGAAGAUAAAAUUUGGGAGCUAUGCAGUUCUCUUGGAAUUGGUCGCAAUGAAGAAAACUACAGCCUAGCAGAGAGCUACUUGUUGGCAUUUUGUGAAAGUGAUCGGAAAGAGGAGCUCCUGAAGCUGUUAGAAGUGUUAGAUAUCAGCAAAAUUUCAUCUUUUAAUCAUGUGGCUACUAUAUUUAAGUCCUUAGGGAGGACACAGUUGCAGAAGUUCGCAGAAAAGUUCAUUUUGGAACUGAAGACAACAGGGGCUGGAGAAGAGAAUAUCUCGUCAUUCAUUUAUGAUUAUGCUACUAGCAUACCAAAUUUACCGGUUGAAGACACUAUAUCAGAAUUCAAUAACUUACACCAGAAACUUGAAGUGAUUCCCUCCACUGCAUCAUUUGACAAACUCAUCACACUUUGCUGCAAAUUAUCUAAGGUUGAUGCGGCCCUUGAUGUAGCCGACCGUAUGUGUCAGUCUUGUUCAAAUGUAUCAAUUGAAUCUUUCCAUCCGAUAUUGCAUGCUUGCGAGCAAUGUUGUGAACCUAACAUGGUCCAUCCUAUUUACUUGGUGAUGUGGCGGCAUAACUUGAAACCAAAAGGAGACACCUUCAAAAGCAUGAUAAGUUUGUGCAUGAAGUUGAAAGAUUUUGAAGGUGCAUACAACCUGCUGACAGAUGCAGAAGAGAUGAAUGAGAUGCCUACAGCAGGCAUGUAUAAUGCUAUCAUGGCUGGAUAUUUUAGACAGAAAAAUAAUUGUGGAGCAUUGAUGGUUCUCAAGCAAAUGGAAGAUGCAAAUAUAAAACCAGAUUCUGAGACUUUCAGUUACUUGAUAUCUAAUUGUGAAUCUGAGAAGGAUAUUGGCAAGUAUCGUGAGGAAAUGCAGCGUGCUGGGCUUCAAGUUACAAAGCAUGUCUACAUGGCACUUAUAAAUGCAUAUGCAAAUUUUGGAAAUUUUAAAAUGGCAAAAGAGAUUGCCUUGGAUCGUGACAUUCCAAACAAAUUCCUAAACGAAAUUAAAAGUGUACUUGUAUCAGCCCUUUCUUCAAAUGGGCAGAUAUCUGAUGCACUUAGAAUAUAUGAUGAAAUUAAGCAAGCGGGAUGCAGCCUUGAGCCCAAAGCUGUCAUUAGCCUCAUUGAACACCUUCGAACUGAAGGAGAGUUAGAUAGAUUGCUUCAGCUUCUAGAGGAGUUGAAUGAUUCAAGCAGUUGGUUUGAUGGCUGCAGUAGAAUAGCUUUGUAUUGCAUUCAAUACAACAUUGCAGAUGCUGCUGUUAAAUUACUUAAGCAGCUCCAGAAGAAAGAUGAAUCAAGUACAUAUAUUGUUAUUGAUCAGAUAUUUAGCCAAAUAUGGGAGACAGAAUCCACAAAUUUAAAUAUUGGUUUGGAAUUACUCCGAGCUGUUAAAGAAGAGCUUGAUCUUCAUCCUUCUCGAACAAGUCUUGAUUUUCUUCUUAGUACCUGCGCAAAAGUAAAAGAUUCACAACAUGCAUGGUUCAUUUGGUCCGAGUAUAGCAAUGCUGGCCUGCCUUACAACGUUUUGACCUUCUUGAGGAUGUAUCAAGCCCUUCUGGCAUCAGGAGAGUGCAAAGCUGCAAAAAAGAUGCUGAAAGAAAUAGAGGAAGAGGAUCCUCAUGUUCGUUCUAUUAUCAAGUCUUGUAAAAUGAAAUAUAGGAGGACUAUUUCGGAGAACGAGGAUAGGAAUUAAGUAUCCUAUCAGAUGUUGUUUUUCAUAUAGAACAUGGCGGGCUAUGAAGGCUCAGGUUAGAAGACAUAUUUAUUCUGAUCGAAAAGAGGAAAGUCUUUCCUUCUAUGAAUCUCUUAUACCUCAUAACUUAAACCAUUCUAAUAGUCUGAACCAUGGCUUACAGCUCUGGAAUGACCUAGUCUGCCAAAAUGGACGAAUGCCUAAAAGUUUGUUAAGAUGCUCUUUACUGUCUCAAAGAAAAGAAUUUGCUUAAGCCAAGAUGCAACUGACAAGUCCAUUGCUAAUCUGUCUCAAAGAAUCAAGUUAUAAGACAGAUUUGCAAGACAAGCCAAAAAUAAGGAACUUGACCCAUGAAGAUGCUCUUUACAGUACCUUGCUCAUUUUGUACCAAGCAAUGAGGACCAGCUUCACCCCAUAAGUUAAUCCUUUGCUACUGCUCAUUCUGUGUUGUUUCUUGAUGAUAAGAUUUAUUUUCUUGUUGCAGCAUGACAAUGUCUGUAUUUAAGGCACAAGCAUCUGCCAAUGACAUGCUACUGGGUUUUCUUUGGAAGAAAUUCGUGAAUUUGUCUGCAUGUUUGCAUGUAAGGAAUCUUUGUUGCUUUAUGAAGUACAUCUCUUGGAGAGUUUUUUUC